AAUGUAAUUUUCAACUAAAUAAUUACAAGCAAUAAUGUAGAAAUGUUUCUCAAAGGUAAUCAACAAUCAAAUUUCGCAAAAAAGCAGAUCAUAAUGCAGCUUUAAAUCAAUCGCGCUAGUCGGGUGUCGGCGAUGCAGUGGAAUCACCCUGUCAAACAAGUUUUCCACGACGGGGCCUGUUUUUCUCGCGGGUCCACAAACACAAAAACGAAAAGAAAACAAGAGUAAACAUUCGUCGUUUUCCCUUGCAUUUUCGAGAAUCGCUGCAGUAAAAUUAGCAAAUUGCCUGGUGCAUUCGUGAUAAGAAUAAACCAAUUUGCGGGCAGAGUGGAAUCAGAAAAUGUUACGAAAUACGAAAAUGUAGUGCGAAAAGGAGUGCAGGAGAGUGAGAGCGUGUGUGUGCGAAGGAAAACGUACGAAGGAACUGAUUUUCCGGGAAGGGAUCCUAGCAAGGAUAACACGACGAACCUUCCCGAUAAUCGGGUCACAUGUAUUUUGCGACAAUCUUUAAAGUUUGUAAAAUGCUUUAUCAAUUGUUUUGGUUCCUGGCGACAUGCUGCACGUUCGUGGUGAACGCGCUCUGGCUUUGCUGCAACUUUGCCUCGGUCGGCAUUCCGUGGCUGAUGCUGCUUCUCUUCUUGGUCUGCAUUGGGUCGAAGUUUGUGAAGCUGAAAUCGCCCACGGACGAUGUGGUGCUGUCGAUGCUGUCGAAGAACGAGAAGCAGCGGGAUGCGAACGAGGCACUGUUCUGGCCCAUCGUCAACCGGGGUGGGGCUUUCGAUGCGCCGGAAAACUCACUCGCCGCCAUUAACCAGUGUGUGGCGCAACGAUGUCAAAAGAUACUGCUCGAUCUCGGGAUUACCGGCGAUGGGAAGGCGAUCAUACUGCACAAAUCGACGCUCGAGAAAGCGAACGUCAACGAACCGAUGCAGAAGCUGAAUUUUAACUUUUUCGACAACUUUAACAUAAGCGAACAUCAUCCGCUGGGCCAAUUGUUCCAGCCGGAGAAGGUGCUAACGUUCGAGAAGCUGCUGAAGCUGUUGGAGUCCUCGGAGAUGACCGUCUUUCUGCUGGCCUCACAGAUCAACUCCACGCUGUUGGAGAUUGUUCGCGAAACAGCUGCAAAGCGUCCCAUUUUUACGAAACGGAUCAUUUUCUGCUGUUCCUCACCGUUGGCAAUCUAUCAGCUUCGCCAGCAGUGUCCCGAUCUGGUUUGCGGGCUGUGGAUGGAACGGUCUUGCUUCACGAUACUGCCACGCUAUCUGAAUACCUCUACGAUACUGCUAUCAAUUGUCGGUGCCAUCUAUCGCAACAUAAUAGCACCCGUGAUCGGUGUUAGUCUAGUCUUUAUCCACAAGGAUGAGUUCAAUGCACAAAUCUCAACCCUGUGGAAGAACGUCGGCGUUCGGCCUAUUGUUUACACAAUAAAUUCGCCGAACGAAAAGCGCUACUUUCAGCAGGUGACCAAAACGCUCUAUCUCACGGACUCACUCCGCUCCGAACCGCAGCUAAUAUUUAAACCCAAGCGAAAGUAAACAGCAAAGUCAGCAGCAGUAGCAGCAGCAGUAGCAGCAGCAUGGCGUGCAAUUCGAAUCAUAAUCGAACUCUUAAUUUAAGCGAAAAUGUAUUUGUGUCUGUGUGUGUGUGUGCUACGUUAAGUUAUAUAGUUUCCUUGUGUUUAGUCAACCGCACACAUGCGCAUGUUUGUAUUUAAAUCGGCUUUAUCAUGAUCAUUUGCGAAGCGAAUCGACCCCGUUCGAAGGCAGCCAGUCAGUUAGGCGUAUUUAUUUAUUUUAGUCUCAGGUGUCGGCCGUAUGCCGUACGUGGAACUUACGGCCAAGUAUUACGGGAUGUCCUGCACCACCCCCCUUUAAUCAGAUGCAUUUCAAGAAUCGAUCUUAGUCCGGUGUUAGCCUCAUCCGCGUGACGAUGUGUGCCGCCGUAGCAGCUAACGGUGGCUACGUACCAGAAUCAAACUGUAAUACCUAUUAUUUGUCGAAAUAAAGCUUGUACGACGUGGGGCGUACAACGCGGUCACAUAUGGAUUGGGA